AUGGCAAAAAAUGCUAAUUUUAGGGCAAUUCCCAGGAUUGGGAUCACGAACGCAGUUACGUUUGCGUGGAAGGAGAAGGACAUGGAGCCUUUUGGAAGGGAAACAUUUGGGAGGACUUUGUUGAUGGGAGUGUUAAAGCUGGCGGUAAAGGACGUGAUGUGCCUCCAGGCGAACCCCUUGGAAGGGGCUUAUGAUGUGGUUUUACACACAGAGGGGAAGCAUGACGAGGUCAUGAAAAAGGCGAGGGAGGUGGAGAAGGCCAGGCCGAUGUGCCACUACGAGGUGACAAGCUUGGCCAAGAACAACUUCAGGGUAAUAACAGUAAACAUGUAUAACCCGCAUGUUAAGGACGAGGAGGUGAGGGCUUUUAUGGGGAGGUAUAUGGACAAUGUCUCCUCGGCAAGGCUCCUCAAAGACUCGCUAGGGUUCUGGAACGGGAAGAGAAGCUUCCAGGAUCUGUUGAGGGAAGACCCAAUGGGCCUGGGAGGUUACCUUCAUCCUCCAGCUCUGUGGGCUGACAUGGGGACGUUGUUGUAUGCCUGUCAGCCCCCUUUCUGCAGACGAUGCAUGGCCUAUGGCCAUAAUUUCGCCUCAUGUGGGGAGAAGAAAUGCAGGGUGUGUGGGUCUGAGGCACACGAGGCGAGGGACUGUGACGAGUCGAAGAAGUGCCACGGGUGUGGAUCGUCAGCACACCUGUGGAGGGAGUGUACGGCUCGUCACAAGUUGUAUGCAGCUGCAGCUGGUGGGGGAGCAGGGGCAGAAGCGGGGGAUGGAGGAAGAAGAGGAGGAGGAGUUCCAGACCCAAGCACAGGGCCAGAAGCAGGGGGGAGAGGGGGGGCCGAAGUGGGGGGAAAGCGAGAUGUCGAGGGCCCAGGGGGAUGAGGUGAGGGAGAUGAUGGAGGAGCUGGUGAUCAAGGGGGGCUGGGUCUCCCCACUGCCGGCGUCUCCAAAGAAGAGAGGGAAGAGGAGGGGGAGAUCCUCGGACAGGAAGAGGGAAAUGGGUGGUGGGGGAGAGGGGGGGGGCAAGCGUGUAAUGGGGGAGAAGGGCGCUGUGGGGGAAGAAUCUCCUGUGUCCUCGCUGGACCACCCCCAACGCACAGGAUUAGGGUUUUUAUAAUAGGAUAUUGUAAGAGGAAAAAGAGGGAGGAAAGGAGGGAUGUAGAUCAUAUCCAAAGGCUGCUCGAACUCGAGCUCGAGGCAGGCAACCUCUGCGGGUCGGUAGAUUGGGAGAGAUCCUCUGCCCUAAAAGCUCAACUUAGGGAGGUGCAUGAGCGGAAGGCUUGCGCUUUCCUGGAGCGUGCGCAUAGUGGGUUUUUAGAACACGACGAGACUUAUUCCACCGUGUUCUUUAAAUUAGUUAGGGGAAGACAGAGUAGGAAGGUAAUGUACAGGGUUAGGGAAGAAAACGGUAGAGUAGUGAGAGAAACUGAGGAAAUUGUCAAGGUGACCACGGAACAUUUCCGAGGUUUUUUCAAGAAAGGGCAGUAG